AUGGGGAAGAGACACAAGAAGCUCAAAGCCCUGUCAGGUGAGGGAACCCACAACAUCAGCAACCUGCUACAGCAUGGACCUAAGCCCAAGAUGGCGGUGCGGCAGGAGCCUAAUACCUCAGGAGGAGGAACUCCUGGAUGCUCCAGACACUAUCUCAGAGGGCCUUAA